AUGCUGGACUCGGCUAGACUUUUUGGCGUCCUAAAGUUUGGACUGCCGCUGAUUCUCAUCAUUUGGUCGCUCGCCUAUCUGACGACGUCGCGUGAUACCUAUGUUGAGAUAUUCCGCAAGUUCAAGAACGAGAAGAAGCUCUUCGUCUCCGAUUACCUUGAGCACGAGAUUGAUGGCGACUUUGAUGGCACCAAGAUCCGAGAGCUCUGCGCCUCUAAGCCAUGGGCAGACAAGGACAGACAGCUGAUCCUCACUUGCCAUCCUCCGGAAGGAGGCAUCGGCGCCGUCAAGAAUCAGCACCUCCACUGUAUUCGCCUUGCAAUUGAGAUAGGAGCGGAUGUGGUCUUUCCCGAUAUCGUUCGCCGCUCCGAUACCGACAUCACGAAAUUGAACCCUCAUCCCAUUGGUCCCCCGAAAGGGAUACCCAUGGAUUAUUUCUUCGAUUUCAACCAUCUCAAUCAGAGUCUGGCCGCGUUUUGCCCCCAGAUGAAGGUUUACCGGUCCCUCAACGACUUAUAUGAUGUACCAAGCGUACUUCAGGCCGAAACCGUCGCACUCCACGAGUUGACCGAGAACUUUGUGAAUGGAACGAUCAUUGAAUACCCCGACAGGAUACGAAGGCAAUUCUACGAGCAUCUAGAGGAGUUGAAGCCCGCCAAGAAUCGUAUAUAUCCUAUGCGUGUCCAUCUCGCAAAGACCGCCUUUGCGUGGCCCACUGCCUAUGAUGACCCAGGUUUCACCAAGAACUUUGGACGCAUUCUUCGCAUACGGGAAGACAUCCGGCUACUUGCCGCCUCGGGGCUGUAUAAUAUGCAGAAGCGCUUCAACUUGAACCUAGACCCGCGGAAUGGCAUCAAGCGGGACAGCUUUAUCGGAGUUCACCUGCGCACAGAGAAGGAUGUUGCGGGAGAGUUUCCUCCGUAUGAGACGCAAGCCGCAUACUACCUCAACUAUCUCGCACAGAAUCAUAUCCCCGUGGUCUACCUGGCCACCGGCGCUACCGAGGAGAACGUCACAGCGUUCGCUGAGCGGGCCCAGGAGUUUGGAGCGACAAGCGUUCUGAAACGGGAUAUCCUGGACGCUCCUGAGCUGGCAUUGCUAGAUACUUUCAGCUGGGAUCAGCGUGCCCUCAUCGACUACGAGAUCAUGCUCCGAGCAGGGCUAAUUACUGGCACCUCCGAGUCAGUCUUCGCCUGGAACCUUGCCAUGAGGAGGAAGAACGCGUAUGGCUCGUCCGGUGAGUCGAAGCCGCUGAAUCCGGAAUUGAGCAUCCAGUGGCAAGAUCAAUAUUCUACCAUUUUUGGAGAUGCAGAAAAGAGCCCAGUAUACAAGGCAACAAUUUGGCCCUAG